AUGAUGUGCGAUCUCUUCUUGGUGCUCGACGAGUACAAGCCCAAGGUGCUCGUCAACACUUUCGAUGCGCUGGAGCCCAGCACGCUCCACGCAGUCGCGCAGUUCGAGGUCGUCGCUGUCGGGCCGGUGGUGCCGGACGAGGCAUCUCUAUCGAGCACGGACCUAUUCCGGCGCGACGACGGGAAGGGGUACAUGGAGUGGCUGGACACGAAGCCAGCACGGUCCAUGGUCUGGAUCCUAACAUACGUCUCGUUUGGGAGCUUCCUUUCGAUGAGCAAGCGACAGGAGGAGGAGGCGAGGCGCGGCCUGGAGGCGACCGGCCGGUCGUACCUGUGGGUGGCGUGCAAGGGUGCCGGUGAAUGCGCGACUUUGGACGGCGGCGACGACGAUGUAGUGCGCGCGCAAGGGGUGGUGGUUGAGUGGUGCGACCAGGUGAAGGUGCUAUCGCACCCGGCGAUGCGCUGCUUCGUGACGCACUGCGGGUGGAACUUGACGCUGGAGGGCGUCACGAGCGGCGUGUCGAUGGUGGUCGUGCCGCAGUGGAUGGACCAGCCGACGGUGGUGUGGCUGGUGGAGGCGCGCAUGGGCGUCGGCGUGCGCACCCGGGUGGACGGCGAGGGCGCGGUGGACCGAGACGAGCUGCAGCGGUGCGUGGAGACGAUCAUGGGCGACGGGAAGGCCGCAUUGGGGAUCCAGGCUCAGGCGGACCUCUGGAGGGGGCGGGACGUCGGAGAGGAACUUAUGGUGCGCCAUUAG